ACCUGCUGUCCAAUUGGACACACACACACACUGACCCUCCCCGUACUGCAUGCACACUCUUAUUAUUACAAGUGCUCUCCAAACAGUACACUCUCACUUCAGCUUUGCUCAGGAUGUUACAAAAUCAGCAUUGGUGCUGAAACUUAGUGAAGAUUGCUGGGAGUGUCUCUCACUCACCCACACACUCGCACCUCACCUGGCACUUGCACUGUCACACACAUUCCUCAUGUAAGGGGCUGAAGCUCAGCCCAGUCCCAUUCCUGUCCUACUUGAGCAAAGAGCCUGCUGGUGAUCGGACUGUCGCCUGAAGCAAAGAGGCCAAGCCAGCGUGGAUUUUGAUUUUACAGUACAGUCACUCCCUCCGAAGCUCUGAGAGAGAGAAGGGAGAGGGGAGUAGAAGAGGAAGAGGAAUAGCGAUGGCUAUGACCAACAUUGCAGAGGAUGACCUGGAUGAGAUGAUGCGUGAAGAAGCAGAGGACGUCUUCUAUGAGAACGGAGUGUCACCCCGAGUCCCAGAGAUCAUGUCGGCCGGCACCCACUCCCCUGGGGGGCCAAAUGGCAUAAUUCGGAGUCAGUCCUUUGCCGGCUUCAGCACGCUACAGGAACGCCGCUCACGGUGUAACUCCUUCAUGGGGAACUCUGCGGUGCCGAAAAAGCCUCAGUCCAAGCCCAAGAAGUCUCACCCCUCGGGCCACAAGGCAGGCAGCGGCUCUAGAGAGCCUCAACCCAAAAGACUGGAGGAGGUUUACACAGCUCUCAAACAAGGCCUGGAUGAGUAUUUGGAGGUCCAUCAAACAGAGCUGGACAAACUCAUGGCUCUGAUGAAGGACAUGAGGAGGAACUCUCGUCUGGGAGUGCUGUAUGAUCUUGACAAGCAAAUCAAAACCAUUGAGAGGUACAUGAGACGUCUGGAGUUUCACAUGAGCAAGGUGGACGAGCUGUACGAGGCUUUCUGCAUCCAGAGCCGUCUGAGGGAAGGUGCCAGCCGGAUGAAGCAGGCCUUCUCCUCCUCUCCCUCCACUAAAGGCACCAAGGAGAGCAUCGCAGAGGUCAACCGCCGCUACAAGGAAUACACUGAGAACAUGGCUGCAUUCGAAAGUGAACUAGAGAACCUGCUUGGAGAGUUUCAUAUCAAAAUGAAAGGUUUGGCUGGCUUUGCGAGACUCUGUCCUGGAGACCAGUAUGAGAUCUUUAUGCGGUACGGCCGUCAGAGGUGGAAACUGAAGGGCAGGAUUGAAGUGAACUCCAGACAGAGCUGGGAUGGAGACGAGAUGAUCUUCAUGCCUCUCAUCUCUGACCUUAUCAACAUCAAGGUGACAGAGCUGAAGGGUCUGGCCACUCACAUGCUGGUGGGAAGUGUGAUCUGUGAGACAAAGGAGCUGUUUACUGCCAUGCCUCAGGUGGUGGCUGUGGAUGUCAAUGACCUGGGGACCAUCAAACUCAACCUGGAGGUCACAUGGUACCCCUUCGAUGCUGAGGACCUGACUCUGUCAUCUGGCAACGUGAGCAAAGCCACUGCUCUCCAGAGACGAGUGUCGGUGUACAGCCAGGGCACACCGGAGACCCCUACCUUUCAGGACACUUCCUUCUUUAAGUGGCGGCCAUAUCUUGUGGAACGCCAACACCCAUCCUUCCUGCACAUGCUCCGAGACACCCUGCUAGAGAAGCUAAGGCGCAGUCGCUCAUUUGGUGACCUGGCCUCACUCCGGCCAAGGCCCAGAUCCAGUCUGGAGGUCUAUUCCACUUUACAAGAUGAUGUCUUUGAGAAUGGUGGCUGUGGGGUGGCUGAGUGCAAGCGUCUCUCCUUCACCUUCUCCGACACCUCUGGUUCCACGCCUAGCCCCAGCCUCGCCCCUAGCUCCCACUCCAACCCUGAGAUCACCGUCACUCCUCCAGAAACUGACCUAUCACUGACACAAAUCCUCCCCUCAAGAGAGGACUCCAUCCCAGAGGAACAUUUAGUGGAGGAAGAGGAGGAGUACGAAGAGAACGGGGAGACGGGUAGUAGAGGAAGUAGAGGCACCAGCCCCAGCCUUGUCAGUGACGAAGCCGAGGUGGCAGAGGACUCCGAGUGGGAGCGCACAGAGUCCCAGCAAAAUUCAAGCUCCAACUGUGGUUCAGCUGCCCCAUCCCUGUGUUCUGAUGGUCACCUGUCUACAGUGGCUCCUGAGGAUGUUUUCCUGGAUCCCACUGACGAACUGAAACCUGUUGAACUGGACACCGAGGAGGCGGGCAGCCUGACCAGGCAGCUCGUGAAGAGGCUGACUUCUUCAGAAAUUGUGUCACCCACUGGGAGCUCUACUGAGGGAGGAGGAAGCCUGAGCUGGGCAGGGGAGGGAAGCAGGGCUUUCCUGGAAAGCGGCGUGGAGGAGGCCAUCCCCAGGCUGCUGAUGAGGCUGGAGUCACUGACUCACCGCUGCCGAGAGCUGCAGGACCUGGAGCAGGAAGUGAUGCGCCUGGAGGACCUAUUGAAGUGUCGUCUCCCUAGCCAUAGGAGCCGCUCAUCCAGCCUCAGUCUCACAGUGGAGAGUGCCCUGGAGAGCUUUGACUUCCUCAACACCUCUGACUUUGAUGAUGAGGACACUGGAGAUGAUAGUGCUGUCCUCAGCAUUCCUCCACAGAGAUCUCCACUUUUUGAUGCAGAUGGAGAAAGGAUCGGGGGGCAGCAUCCAGAAGCCAGAGGACACCUAAGUGAAGCCCUGACAGAAGACACUGGAGUGGGCAACAGUGUGGCUGGAAGCCCCCUGCCGCUCACAACUGGAAACGAGAAUCUGGACGUAGCAAUCGUCAUCCACCUGCAGUACUGUAAUCACCUAAUACUGCUGUUGACCAGUGGGGUGUGUGCGUGGAAGCGUCAGAGUCUGCUUCUCAAACUGUCCAGGCAGACUCAGCUGUUAGAGGAGCUAGCAGAAAUCAGUGUGGACAAACUGGCAGCAAUUACAUCUGCUGCUGAUGUUCUCCCAGGCCUCGCAGAGCGCCCGGAACUGAUGACUCUGUGGUCAGAGUGCAGCGGGUCUGCAGGACUUUUCCACACCACACUGGACCGAGUAUUCGAACACAUGAACCAGCGCUACAUGGCCGUGCUGCAGGAAAGACACCCACACAGCGCUGACACAGUGAUUGGUGUCGUAGUGGGCGAGAUGGUGGACAGGAGCGACCUGGUGGUGUCACAAAAUCCUCCAGCUUCAGUGCUGUCCCAAGACGUCUUGACUGUGUUUCAGUUCCACAGCUACAUCUUACAACAUGCAGUUCAGGACAUGGAGAUACAUCUGCUGCGCCUGGCCAGAGAGGAGAUGUUUGCAGAAGCUCUGUGUGGUGGGGACUAUGCUCGGUGUCUAGCAGAACUGGAGGAGGUGCCUGUGUCAUCCCUGUGGCCUAGAAGCAGCACCCUGCGGGCGCUGGCCUCCCUGCUCACUGCAGAGGACUCUCGGGUCAAUAAGGCAGCAGCCGACUACCUCUCUUCUGGAGAAUCACACAGCCAAUUCAAAACCAGGGCAGUGGAGUGCUACACCCAGGCACUGUCAGAGGCUGGAGUUCAGAGCCAGAGAGCAGCCUGUUCAGCUCUCAGCUGUCUGCAGGCUGUAGAGAGUAUCAGGGCAGUGGUAGCGCUGUGUGAUUCAGCUGAUGAGGAGCUUCGCCAUGUCGCCAUAGAAACCCUGCUCACGUUUGGUGAGGAGGGGCGACUGGCAUAUGAGCAGCUGGACAAGGUGCCAGGGGAAAUGAUCCGUCUGGGCCCAUGGCGAGGAAACGCCGUCACCACAGCCUUCUGAGCCACUGUGCCACUGAAAAUGUCAGAAAUGAAUUCCCAGCCUGAACCCAACUCUGCACAUCUAAUUGGGUUGUUAAUGAUGGGUCAGUUUGGAACAACAGACUUGAGAUGACUUUUCUCACUGAUACUGCCUCCUAAAAUGAACUAACACCAAGCUAAUGGGCUUAACCACAAAGACGCACCCUCCUCCUGCACACACUUAACUCAUUCCACCUUCACCUCCGAUUUCACCCACACACCCCCUCUCCCCCUGCUUUCUGAGCCAGGCAGACCAGUCAUGUUAACUGGAGAGCAUGAAUUUGACUGGACAUAACGCCACUGGAAGCUGCUCCAAAGGCUGCUGAAACUGGAAAUCGAGCAGCACAUCUUCAUCCUUCACACAACCUUUGUCAACAAGCUAUCCAUCACUGCACACAUCACUUGUAUUCACUGAUUACCACCUUGAUUGCUAGUCAGUUGUGUCAUGCCAAUAUACUAUGAUCGUUGUAUAAUCACUGUUUAGCACGUUUUAGUUAGUUUUGCAUUAGAAAUGUUUUCUGGUGCUUUCAGAAGGCAUGUACAAAUGGCAUAUUUUACAUAGGAUGUCUAGUAUUUGUGGUUGUAUUCAAAUGUAUUCUUCAGUUCUCUUCCAUUUUGAGUUUCAGGGAUUCUUGUGUGGUUGAAAGAAGUGGUUUUGUGGCAGGGAGAACGUGAAACACAAGUGGUUAACGUGGAACAGCAGUUUACAGACUUGAACAGAUUUAGACCUCAGUUAUCUAUCAGUGGAGGAAAAGGAAACAAACCUGCAGUUGAACAAGUGCAAUUUUUUGUACAUAUGUAACUCUUUUGAACCUAGCUGACAUGAGAAGACAUUUGACAGUGCCAGCUCUGACCAUUUGAGCCUUGAUGUGGUCGAGCAGGCAGGUACCACAAAUACACUUCUUUGUAAAUGUAUUUUUCCUACCGGGGACGAAGUCAGUCAAGGGCAAUAAAUUAGGUUUAGGAUCAUGAGAAGGCACUCAGUAACUGUACAGGGAGGAGGAUCCUCUGGGCAGAGUAAUAGAUAGCUUUGGUUAACUGCACAUUCAUACAGUAUGUGAGCUAAUAGCUGGAUUAGUUAUUAAGCUAUUAUGAAGAGAAGCUGCAGAAUGAAGUGUUUGGUUUGGCACAUCUUGGGUCUGUUUUAUUUCCUUGCAUCCUAACUGUAAUGUGGGAAAACGGACCUGAGGUAAGCAUCUAAUUUCAAUUUUUCUCAUCCUAACUAUACUACUGAAUCUGGUGCUUGAGCACGAUGACAAAACUCAGUUCACGCAUCUUAUUUAUUACCUGUAAUUCUAAUUUUCUUUGGAGUUAUACUGUAGUAGUGCAGAUGACAUUGCUGUCUAAAUGAAUUGUAUAUUUCUGUUCUAUUUUGGAUCAGGUUUAAUAUUUGAACUAGAGCUUAUUGUUUUAAAAGGCCUUCAUUAUUAUUAUUAUUAUUAUUAUUAUUAAAACGCAACUGAGCUUAUACAUAAUUUUAAUUGGAGUUUAUUUUGAAAGAAUUAUAAUUAAUUAUUAUUUUGGAAAACAUUAAGAUUUGCUAAUAUUACAGAUUUUUGUCCCUAAUAGGUCCCAAACAAAAUGAGAUAUGUAUUAGAAAUGUUACUUUAUUAUUUAGAGCAUUUACUGUAACCAAAGGAAAUUUUAAUUUUGAAACUGUCAUUUAAUAAAAGCUCAUAAUUCAUCACAGAGAAUGUAUUUUAAUAUAAGAUUUGCAUUUUGGCCAGAAUACUCAGACUUAUGUAUAGAAGCACAACUGAAAAAUAAGACAAACCCAUAAUAUAUGAAUCCAGCUACAUUUGGUUCUCACUGCACAGUCCAAAAGCCAUAAUGAUUAAAAGCCAGUGGUGAUAUUUUUAUUCUUUUGUAUUAUAAUCUGUAAAUGUUUGAAGUUGUUACUAAAAGCUGAAGAUGCUGUUUAAUAUUUUUCUUUGACAGAGCCUUUUGCAGGCCUGGUUCAUAUUUUAGGUAACAAUUGCUUGUAAUUCUUCAGCAUAACAGUAUUUGGUACAGUAUUCAAUUCACCAAAAUUCAUUCAGCAUCUGUUUUUUCCCCCUUUGUACAAACUUGUAAUUAGUGUUAAGUUGAUCUGUGGGCUGUCCCUAAUCACCACAGAAUACAAGUUGGCAAAAUGUGCACGUUUAAUUAUUAAGACUGGUUUUAAUAACUUGGUACACUUUUGCUGAAAUUAAACUUUAUCCAUCUCUGUGAUAAAUAGCUUCAGUACUGAUUCAUUCUGUUGCAUACUACUCUUCUCCACUGUAAUUAGCAGUAUUUCUUCUGCUCAUCAAAAGUUGCAAUAAAGUUUAUUU